AUGUCAAUGGAAUGCAUUAUCUGCUGGGAUGGUCUGACCCAACCCGUUGCGAUCCCUUGCGAUGACCCCUCGCUAGUUCGUAGGUUAUAUCUUCCCAUCGACGACCCCGAGCCGUAUGCACCAUACACAAAAGCCACAACUAUACGCGUGUAUGAAGAUCUCAUGGACCACAACACCCGGCAUAUCAUUGAGUUGCAGGAUGAACUAUCCAAACUACAAGUCAACGAGACCACUUGCAACGUACAGUUGCGCGAGGCCUUGUUGGCGAACGCGCUUUCUGCCGUGAGGGAGAAGCAACUCAAACAAGAGCUUACGGACUUGCACCUAUUUUUGGCUGAGUUGGGGGGGAUGUGA